AACCAUUACCCAUGUCCACUUUCAACAUCAUCCAAUUCACAUUCCUAUAAAAAUAGAAAGAAAAAGAAAAGUACCAUCUUCUUAUUUAGAUAUAUAUGUCGGGUGUUUGGGUGUUCAAGAACGGGAUAAUUAGACUCUUGGACUAUAAUUCUAGUCAUGAAGGGUUGGGUCAACGUCGGCGUAAGGUAUUAGUUCAUAUAGCGACAAACCAAGUGGUGACAUCGUAUGAGAUGCUUGAGAGAAUGUUGUUGCCUUUGGGAUGGGAGAGGUACUAUGACGAUCCUGACUUGUUUCAAUUUCAUAAAAGCUUCCACACAAUGCACCUUAUCUCCCUCCCUAAAGACUUUAACAAACUCAAGUCUAUACAUUUAUAUGAUAUUGUGGUCAAGAGCCGUCCCAAUGUGUUUGAAGUACGGGACCUAGUGUAGCUACUAUUUAUACACAACAGUUACUUAAGCAAGUUUCGGGGUAAUAAUUCUUAUCAUGUCUAUUUCUGUGUUUCUGGUUUAUAUCAAACAAAGUA